AGGCCUAGACGUAAAGUAAAUAUAUAUAUAUAAAAAAAAAUUUAAAGUAUGUGUGUGUGCAUUUUUCAUACAACUGUGUCUGACAUUUCUGCCAUUCCUCCACAGACUACUAAUAUAUUACAAUCAAAGCCAUCUUGCAAUGCUUACAAUCAGCCAGUUACUCCUCCUGCUGUCCCUCCCAUGUCUUAAUUGCAAUGCAGAAGGCCAGUUGACAGUGGUUCGUUUGGCAAAUGGCGGGACAAGUCGACCAUUUAGGGUUGGACCACUCGAUCAUGACCAUUCAGUGUUGAUGCCAAAUGAACCCCAACCAAUGUACGCAGCCCCACCAAGCGACCUUCCGCCAAACACCUCAGAAAUAACAUCCGCGUCAGUGACUCCACAGGCCACAAGUACAUCAACGUCAACAAGUACAUCAACAUCGACAAGCACUUCAACUUCGACAAGUACAUCAACUUCCACGAGUACAUCAACAAUCAAGCUAUCCUCCACAACUUCAAGUCAACCCCAAACAUCCCAAGCUACCCCCUCCUCCGGGCCUCCACUGCCAUGCCACCAAUCCUGCCUGGACGCCCUCAACUCAACCCACCUUAUACCUAACAGCAAUGUGGUUUUCACGGCUGGGUCCUCCCUCACCCUGGAGUGCCAUAUGUCUCUGGUGCCUGAUCUUAUCCUGGAGGAACAGCUGUGGCUUUUCCAUCCGGGGGGGAGUCCCGAGGGCAGAUGUUCUCUCACCCCUCAUGAGUCCCUCCACUUGUGCCCAGGUUUUCCAGCGGUCUCGGAGACGGACUACAACAAUGGUACUUAUCUGCGGCAGGUUCUAACGCUCUCCAGCUUAGGAGCGAACCACACAGGAGAGUAUAUGUGUCAGAUCCGCGUCACCUGCUGCCCUGGGUCUCGGCAGCACCUCAUGGCCCAGCAGCAAGAGGCGCGGGUGAGUGUGACCGUGUGGUGGUCUGAUUACAGCGUCCAACUUGCAGUGACCGGUGCAGUGGCGGCCGUGCUAAUCUUGGCCUUGAUAGGAGUAAGUCUGUACGGCUGGAGGCAAGGAAGGAAAGCAGACCACUAUGAAUGCCCGAUUGGGGUGGAAGCUCAAGGCGUUCUCCACCUGCCUCUGAUUGACGACAGGGACACAGACAGCUUCGAUAGCAGCGUCACGGAUGAACAGGACUAACACCAUCGCUAUCAUUCCGUUACAUAACCAGUGCAACAUCUUUGGUGACCUCUAAAGACUGCUUUCUAAUCUCACUCUAAAACAACCACAUAAGCUGAUUUUAUACAUUUUCCAGCAUGUAAAGGAUGAACAGGACUAACACCAUCGCUAUCAUUCCGAUACAUAACCAGUGCAACAUCUUUGGUGACCUCUAUAGAUUGCUUUCUAAUCUCACUCUAAAACUACCACAUAAGCUGAUUUUAUACAUUUUCCAGCAUAUAAAAUAAACAUAUAAAAGAUUG